UGUGUAUAUAAUAUAUUUAGCUACUGGGUGUCUGAUCUCAGUGGAGGGCCUUUCCUUAUUAUAUAAACUCGUCGAAUAAGGUGUAAGGAAAAGACAAACCUUUGUACCUUAAUGUACCCAAAUACACAUAUAUGGUAUAGGACUUGCAUACUGUAUUGAUUAAAACCAAAACCUAAUACAGAAUAAAAGUUAAGUGCACCACUUGGUUUCAAAUGCUGUUAACAGUAAGAAAAUGAGCAUUUAUCUAAUUGUCAAAUGGGUUAUAAAAUAUAAGCGUAUUUACCAAAGAUGUAAGCUGCGCUACAGCCAUGACUACCCAUGAGCCUCUUGGGGCGGCUGUCGUCCUCUGGUUUGACUGGAUCGCUUAAUAGGAUUAUCUGUUCUUAGUGCAGGAGAAAGGCGGGGACUGGAACUUAAAUCGAUAUAUGUGCAGAUUUCCAGCCGCAAUGAAACAUCCGGAGAUGACUGAAGAUUAUUUGAACUUAAUUUGGUUCUAACCCGAGGAAGACUGUUCUUGAUAAAACGGAAGCUGAUGUAUAGUCAUGACCACUCAGAACCAAUCACAGCAUGAUGCAGAGACAAACGGCAUCAGCCGGUCCACCACGUUGGACAGUGAGGACAGUGACGAUGCAGAAAGCAGUCGAGAUGAGCAGCCAAUCACAAACUGGAACGAGCUGUCCAUCAUCGAGCGCGUCGGCCUCAACGGUGCGGAGCUGUCAGAGAAAGAUUUGGAGGCGGCCUUCUCUCAGAUCGCGCUGGCCUCGCGCUGUGAUCAGUUCACCCUGAAGCAGCGGCUGCAGGCCGAGGAGCACGCGCGCAACCUGGCCGAGGACAACGUCCAGCUGGAGCUCGCCAGAGGCCGGGAGACGCUGGAGACGCUGAAGGGCCUGUGUCUGGACAGUAAGCGCAGCAAGAUCCUGCAGAGGCUGGAGCUGUCUCUGGACAUCCUCGGUGGGACCGUGGAACGAAUCUCCAACACGGCGGAGGUGCUGGGCGCCGUGCACCAGGAGGCUCGAGUGAGUCGAGCAGUGGGGCUCCUGGUGGCCCACGUGGAGAACCUGAGGAGACAACACGAUAGAAACAUGUUGGAGCUGGAGGACGCCAAGAAGACGAUCCAGCUGCAGAACUCCUGCAGAAGCGCCGUGAACCCGAACGCGUCUCCAGAUCCAGAGGAAAGUGAAGGCAGAAAGAAAAACUCUCAGCAGAACAGUGGUCGUCGCAGAGUCAGCGUAACGCUGAUUCCGACCCAAAUCCAGGAGAAGAUCAAGCUAGACGCGGAUAAAAAAGCUCUCCGUGGAAGGUCCGUCAGCAAGGACUCCUUCCUCUCACACUCGUCUCCCCCCCUGGGCUCCGAGUCCUGCUGCCCCGCCGGGACCAAGGCUGACGGCUCCCUCGCGGACAGCAGGCCGGUGGAUCCAGAAGAAACUCUGUCAGGAGCUCCAGCUGCUGAGCUCCUUCCCCCGCCGGCCCCCGGCCCCGAGGGCCGCCCAUCGAAACAUCAGGGCAGCAGAAAGUUACGCGACAAAAACUCCCCUCUGGAUUCGCUACGUCACAGACACAAGGGCAAAGCCGCGUUAUCAAAGAAAAAAGCAGACAAGGACAAAAAGAGCGCCACCGCUUACCGGCGGCCUUCUCCGAGCACGUGCGGCUCCUGGUGGGGACGGCGUCCCCCGGCUCGCUGGGUGCUACGCUGUCGCUGGGCGCUGCUCCUCGUGUACCUGCUCGUGCUUUUCUGCGUCGUAACGCUGACCUGCGUCCUGUGGAAGCUUCACGAUGAAGGAAAUCUGUGACUCACUCUCAGUCUUUUUGGACAUAAAACAGGAAUAACAAUUGUGUUUUGUUCUUGAAAUACUUCUUUCAUCUUCUAGAAAACAAAAGCCACAAACUUUCAAUUUUUGGCUGUAUUUUUUUUAUUAUAAAUAUAGAAAACAUCAAAACUGGUAAAAUCACUUUGUUAGUUAGAAAAACACCAUACUGAUGUAAAAAACAUCCCUCAAACUACCGUUCAAGGCAUCAGUGAUUAAUUAUUAAGAGUUAAUUGCAAACAUUAAGAUUCAACUCACUUCACAUCAUGCCUAGAUUUCAUUUUGAACUACAUAUGUAUGUAUAUUUAUAUACUAUUUGGUCCAGCAUAUUUUCAGGUAUUUAUGUUGCAAAGGGGGAAACUCAUCAAAAGAUAAAUAUAAUAAAACAAAUUAUAUUAGAAUGGCGAUAUUUUGUCAAAAACUACUGUAGAUGAAUUUUAUGUGCAAAAUGUGUGCCAGACACAAGGAAUUUCAGCAUCAGAGUUUUAAAUCGGUGUAGUCUUAAUCUCAAUUCACAUCAGAACUUUUAGAAGCAUUGAUUAGAAGGCAAUUUAAAAUAAAUUAAACUUACAUUAAGUUUUAAAUAGAAAGACGAGAGAACUGUGCUCAGCGGAGUCCCAUUAGGGAUACGUUUUCUGCAUCAUGUCAAAAUACAAUCUCACAGAGAGUCCACAGACUUAAUAAAUACAGGAAUAAAUAGAGCUGGAUACCACACAUCCAACUGAGCAUGUGGAGGAGGAGGAGGAGCAGAGGUCAGAGCUACACCUGACUCACGAUCUCAGCGUCCUCCGCGAUGAACCACUGGACUGGAGUCCCGUCCGCCGCUCUCUGGAGGAUCACAUCACCUGAACCCUGUGACAAGACAAGACGUCAGGGUUCAUCCUACACGGUCCAUACAUAAAGAUAUUUUAUAUCUGAUUAGUUGAUCAGAAAACUCUUGAUGAUUGAUUUCAGUCAUUUUUCAAACAAAAUUAAAAGGAUGUUUCCAGCCCUC